GGCUCAUGGAUGUCCUCGGCGCUCUGGAUUUCUUUUGCCACGAACCACUUCCAAUCGGUCAAAUAUGUCGAAACAGGUGGGCUACUACAGGGAUGUAAAACUACAUGAAAAUACCUAGUCGCGUUGAUGAUGAGCUCGUCUCAGCUAUAAUAGUCAGGAUUAAGCACUCUAUCUGUAUGAGUUUUAUUUACGGAAUCUUGUCGAACGCAUGGAACGUGAGUCUUCGACACCAGUGUCUCCCCCUCGUGUAAAAAUAUUCGCACGACAUUCUUCGCUUUCUAGCUGCCUUUAGUACAGUUGGGGCAAGAAGAACCACGUCGGCGCGCAAGAAGAACCCGCUGCUUUGCAUACGUUUCGGAAAAUCACGAAAGUAUAAAGUUUUUCUUUGCCCUGUAACUUACUUUGCUUUAUUUUUCUCUAGCCGUUCGUUCUUUGCCCUUGUGACAGAAUAAAUAAUUUUUCCUAAUUCCUAUAUUUUUCGAAAACACGAAGGAAAAAAAUGUACAACGUGACCGUAUUCACCCUGAAGACCUGCCCGCACUGCAUCCGGGCAAAGGCCUUUUUGCGACAGGAAAUCCCCGCCGAGAAGCUGAAUCUGAUCGAAAUCUCGCUGACGGACUACCCGGAGAAACGGCUUGACAUGCUGCAGCUCGCGGACAAAUUAACCGUGCCCCAGAUCUAUCCUCUGCAAAAGUAAUAUGGUAGAAUCUACUUUUUAAACUUAGGUCGAAGCGCAAUAAAUUAUCACAGGACAGACUUCUUCACUAAACGGACUAUAGCAUGAUUGGUGGCUUCAGCACUUUCCUUCUGAAAUAGAAAUGUGUCCUGCUACAUAUAAAUGCUGCGGAUGAAGAGCACGACGGAUGUUUCUUCUACGCACUUUUGCACUGCAUAAGCUUUUUCUGGGAAAAAAACACAUUGGCGGUCGGGAAGAGCUGCAGCGUCUGAUCGGAGGACAGCCAAGUGAACGUAACACUGCAGAAACUGCACUUCAGGAUGAAAAUAGAAAUAUGAUUUCCAGUGAAUUCUUUUCCGUGUUGGAGAGGUUCGCGCUGGAUCUCCCUGCCGACCCGCGCAUGCUGCCGCCGUCCUACCCGCCCCCGGUUGCUUCGGGAGAGUACGCAAAGAUCGCCAUGGCCACCGAAAUUGCGGAACCGAAGGUCGUAUGCAUUGUAUCAAUAGGGGGUCUGCGUCUAGAACUGGACGGCGAGAGAUGCAAACUUGUGAUGCGGAUUAGUCUCAUGAUUCUGGAACAUGCGAAUUAAAUCUGUGUUGCAUAGUCAGCAGAGGACGUCAGAUUUUUGUGUCCCGGACAGGGCGUUGUUCAUUUUUACAUAGUAGGCAUGCAGAACAAGUCUCUGCAGUAGAAUUUGUUUUGCCUGCCUUCUAAAUCUUCUUGCUCUACUACUUCUAGAUGCAAAAACUGCAUGGCAACGUGAAGUGUCUGCCCUUUCCAAGACCCAGACGACCUGUUUGCAUUUGAUAGGUUGUCCUGAAAAAAAUUUUUGUACCAACAUCUUCAUCUUCUUCUGAGGAGCCCGAAAGCCAGAAAAGCGGCGGGAAUCAUAAAGUGGAACUCGGGUACGUGACACUGGUCCGCUCGUUGACAGAAAAACUGAAUCUGUUGACCAAUCCCUACGACCAGGAGCAGGGUCGUGAGGGUUUCUUUUCCAGGCUGUUUUUUUCGUCUAGUGCUGGUGCUGCUUCGACUACUUCUUCGACGUCCGGCACAGCCAAAUCGGGGAGGAAGCGACAAUUUUUCAGGGGCAGCGACCUAGUGGCGGCUGUCACGGAAAUUUUGUUGGAGCUUUCUGCAGCUGGUGACGCAGAGGAGGCGCACGAAGGUUUGGUACUACAACCGGACGACGCACUGUCUGCGUGCGCCGCACUGCUACAGCAGAACGUGAUUUACCCUCGGAAAAAUGGACCACAGCUACAAUCGUGCAGCAGCAGCAGCAGCUCUAAUGCGGCAAACGGAUUUUAUUUCCAGCCGAAGAAGAAGUAUGCGUUAACCGCGUACUAUGCACUGCAAACACGUAGUCUGGGUCUGGAAGGUUGCGCACUGUGAUGUUGCAGCAUCCUGUAGUAGAUCGGAGAAAAUUUUUGAAACUUUGUCCCGCGCGGAUAGCACAACCAAGAUGCCCAUUUUCUUUGACCAUGCUGAAACGCUAUUUCUCAUGCGGAAAUCCCUUGCAAAUGAAGCUGUCGUGAUGCAAUGCCCUACGUUUCAGACCUGGCGGGGCAUCCAUCUAAAAUCUGCAUGCCAACAAGCGCCCGGCCUCAUUCAGACCCAGACGUAUUCGCAUUUGAUACGUUUUCUGGCGUGUUAUCCGGCUCGAAAGACAACUUCGUGCUGAAUAGCUUUGUGCCCAGAAACCUCUUGAUACCAGAUGAAAAGAACAGCAACAACCUGCACACUACAGAAAGAGAUCAACAGGGGGCUCCUGUUGAAACGGCGCCUGGUGAGGACCACACUACCUUUCCGACGUACCCCCUCGCGGUGCUGAAACGCGCGCGGUAUCCACUGCAAAAAUGUUCGGGAGGUCUGGAAAGAUGCAGCAAAUUCGUGUUGCUGAGUCGUGCAUGACAGACGCAGCGGGGUUUGCUUACUUAUACGGCAUAAGUAAUUUUUGCGGCUUGAUGUUAAUGACUAAAUGUAGUUUUGCGAUGAAGCCUGCCUCUUGCAGAUUCAUUCGCAAUAAAUCGCAUGACAAAAAUAAAUAACGCUUUCCCAUGGCACGACAAAAAAGCUAACCCAAUUUCCUCUUCCUGCAGGACAGAACUCUCUGUCAUACGAAUUUCGCAUUACAACCUUACCCCCAGAGCGCUAUUUGCAAUGCAUACCCGGCGAUUUUUUGACAAGGUGGUUUCCGCGAACACGGACAGUGAAACCGGACUUGUGGAUUACGGACGGAUGGCUGCGAGUCCCGAAUUUGACCAGUUUCGGGUCGCGAUCAGCUACUUACAGCUGCUUGACUUGAACGUACACCUGAAAAAGAGGAACGAGGCGUUCGGGGAAAACGUGGCCAAGGCGUUCUGGAUCAACUGCUAUAAUCUGCUCGUGCUCCAUAUCAGCAUGAAAUAAAGUGCCCCUACCUUACAACGGAAGUAGAGUAUUUGUGUCAUUGCAAAAAAUGUGCUGCCCGGUCGUGGGAUAUGAACAUUUGCCAUGCCGCGCAGAGCAGCAUCACAGAUAAUUUUCGACCCAGAAUCUCCAUUCUAGCGACAAUUAUCUGUGUUGUCAAGAAGCGGCGCAAUGUAUUAAGCAGUAUAAUGUCUCAUGCUAAAGACGUAUCGAUCUACUUCACUCGCUUUGAUUCUUCAGCAAGAUGCAGCGCACGUUCCGCGCGCAAUGCAAAAAGUUUCCGUGUAGAUGAAACUUUUCAACGCAAACUCUCUGUCUUACCGGGGGUAGAAGGGCACUUUUCCGUUUCACCCUCCACGCGUUCGCCGAGGCUGGGAUAGCCGAGUUCGAUCUUAUCAACUACAAAAAUGUCUGUGUCUGGAAGAUUGCAAAUUGUCAUGCUGUUUUUGGACUCUAAAAAAAUUUGUAUUGCAUGACCAGCAAGAGGGGUACAAUUUGUGCUACACGGACAGGGCAUUUUUCAUGCGGAAGGUGCAUCAGGAAGAGCUCUAAAAACCUGUGAUGGUAGGGCAUACAUCACAGACAAUCAUGGGUCAUGAGAAAUAUGCAUGACAAAUCUUGCAUUCUUCCAGAUCCAGACAUUUUUACAUUUGAUAGAUCUCGGGCGGUUGCAUUUUUUCGCCGCUGUAAAGUACCAGUUCUCCUUCUCAGCCGGAGCAUUUAUUUCUGGGACAACAUCAGAGGAGAAUAUUUUUAGCAGUCAUAGUACAACUACAACCCAGCAAGAUAAUUAUGCUAUCAAACCGCUACUGCCCUUAUCAAAUGCAAAAAUGUCUGGGUCUGGAAGAAUGCAGGUUUGUCAUACUCGAGAAUCUGUGUUGCAUAGGCACGAAAAGGCCCUCUUACCUGUCAUGCAAAAACGCAGCUUGCCUUUCUUUGCCAUGCGGAAUACGUAAGACAUGGCAGCCAAAAAAUUUGUCAUGCGUAGCUGCGUAUUGCAGUGCGUCUAUCAUUCACUUUUAGCAUUACAGCUUUCCAGACCCAGACAUAUUUGCACUUUAUAGCCCUUUUCCCUGCACGAAAUCGAGAACGGGAUUCUUCGGGGAAACCUGCCGGGGGCGAUCCAGAUGAAGCCGCCCUUUUCGCCCGACCGCUUGAAAUAUCAAGGGGAAAAAUCUCCCCUCCCCAUGUCGGAAACGAAAUUUGUGAUGCUGUAUUUGAGUACACAAACCGACGUGUAUUGCAAGAAGGCCAAGAGCCGUGGUGUGGCCUCGUGUGCAGGCAAUUUGUCAUGCUGUUUCCCAUUUCCAGCUGGCCCCUGUCAUGCUGCAGAUGCAAGGCCUUCCCACGCCGCCCAGCACUACAGUCCGCAUCUUUUCCCUUGUAGCAUGACAAACCUCAUUUGUGGCCACAAAUCUGCAUCACAGAUUUCCGUUUUGAUAUGGGGAGGGGGGAUUUUUCUUCUUGAUAUGAAAAACGAAAAGUUCAUCCUUCCUCGCGGCGAGUACCGGCUGCACUUUGCGCUAAACUGCGGCGCCUAUCAGAGUGCACAACAGCAUUUGACGGUCUUUCUCCUGGUGGAAGUAUUUGUCUCCUUUUUUCAUGCAAAAUUUUUCCAGAUGCUCUUAGAACUAGAAGUCUUGGCUUUGACACUGCCACUGUUUGCAUGACAAGUUCCGGAAGUAGCGGGCCAAAUGCUAUUGCAAUGCGUACAAUAUGGAAGAUUCGUAGUGCGGAAGCUUCAUUCGUGGCACUGCUUCCGUUGCUGCUCCUGCAGCAUCACAACUUUUCUAAAUAACUGGGAGGAUGAGAAACAGAAAGAGAAGUUUAAGUUUUGCACUCUUAUAGUGCCCGCAGCUGCCCACCGAUCAAGUGGUUCUCUGCAGAAGCGUGCGGUAGCAACGGCAAAUAUGUGUCGCGGGUCCUCUGGAUGAAAGUUGUCAUGCUAGUAGCAACAUGCGGAUGUUGGCAAGCAAUGCAUAGACCACACUUCCGCAUCUUUAUGACAAAAAAAGUUCCCGCUCCUACGCUUUGCCUAUACAACAUACGCAUCUUCAAAAUAGUUUACAGUUCUUUUGCGUCACAAAGAAACCCCUAGGCUUCUCCAGCGCAAUCGAUACAACAUGACAGCAUCGAUACACUUGCUAGCUAAGCAUUACAAGUUUAUUCCGCACAUUUUUACAACUUCUUCCAGAAGAACCCAGACAUCAAGUUUGUGAUGCAUAUAUGACGAGGAGCUCCGGAUUGUGUCGAUGGCGUUUCUGGAGCAAGAGGAAAAUUUGGCAGUUUCGGAGAACGAGGGAACGAUAUUGAGAGGAAAAAUCCCCCCUCCCCAUACCAGAACGGGAUACUUCUCAAAAUUUGUCAUGCUGAUUUGAGGUCACAAAUCGUCUCUGUAUUGCAAGAAGACAAAUAAAAAAACCCCGCCGCGUUAUGCAGGCAAUUUGUGAUGCUGUCUGGCCUACAGAGAAUGUCCAUACCUUGCUAGGCGCCUACACCAAAACGUCCUUAAUCCGGCUGCGUAUCUGUCUGCAGUCCUCUAUUGCAAGACAAAGCCGAUUUGUGUACACAAAUCCCGCAUCACAGAUUUCCAUUUCGAUAUGGGGUGGGGGGAUUUUUCCUUUUGAUAAACGAAGUCCGCGGUUUUGUACUUGAGCAAGAUUUUUCACUGGUACAGCAGGGACUUCACGACCACAACCUCCAGGAACUACCGAUACAACUCACAGCACGAGGAUGUUGGUACACCAAGCAGGAUGGAUACAACUUCCAGCGCAGGGGAGGUGGGACAAGAUCAGGACGUUCUUGAAACCCCAUAUAAUAAUGAUAAUUUUUCCGACCAGCAGCGACUCGUCUCCCUACUGACCAGGCACACGCGGGGGGAAAAACGAGAGAAGCUGGUGAGGUUGUUACAGGAACAAGAAUGCUCUGUGAAAAUCGAAUAUAACCGCUACGAUUGGACCACUAACAGCAAUGGGAAUCAUCGAAAAUUCGCUGCCUGGGACUUGUGGGAUCUGUGGCGAUGAGACAUUUAAGAUUUUGAUGAACCUCUAUACUUCUCACCAUGAUGUAAUAUGUUGCUGAUGAUCUCAGCGUUCUUUCUUUAAAGAAUUCUCACGACGACACCUUCCGCCGAACGGAGAUGAGAGUGUAGUUCUGUUCCUUACCUUAAUUCCG